CCCGCCACACUUGGAGGAGCGCGGGAGGCGGACGUGUUCUCCUUCAAAUUCUGCAGGUCUCUGCGCGCCAGCGCCCGCCGGGAGCACGGCUUCUCCGCUCACUCCUUGGCAGCGCCCAGCAGGCUCAGGCGGGCACCGGAGCGUCUUUGAAGAAGCCUCGUUUCAGCUGAGGCCUGACAGCUGUAGGGAGGGCCAAGCAAGAGCGCGUACGAAGACUUCACCAUGACCCUCUACCUGCGGCAUUACUGGAAGGAUGAGCGGCUGGUCUUCCCCAGCACCAGCAACAAGAGCAUGACCUUCGACGGCCGGCUGGUGAAGAAGAUCUGGGUCCCCGACGUCUUCUUUGUUCACUCCAAAAGGUCAUUCAUCCACGACACCACCACGGACAACAUCAUGCUGAGGGUGUUCCCGGAUGGGCAGGUGCUGUACAGCCUGAGGAUUACAGUCACCGCCAUGUGCAACAUGGAUUUCAGCCACUUUCCCCUGGACUCCCAGACCUGUUCUUUGGAGCUGGAAAGCUAUGCAUAUACAGAUGAAGAUCUGAUGCUGUACUGGAAGAAUGGGGACGAAUCCCUGAAAACAGAUGAGAAGAUCUCCCUGUCUCAGUUUCUGAUUCAGAAAUUCCACACCACUUCCAGACUGGCCUUCUACAGCAGCACAGGCUGGUACAACCGUCUCUACAUUAACUUCACGUUGCGUCGCCACAUCUUCUUCUUCUUGCUGCAGACCUACUUUCCCGCCACCCUGAUGGUCAUGCUGUCCUGGGUGUCCUUCUGGAUCGACCACAGAGCUGUGCCCGCCAGAGUUUCCCUGGGGAUCACCACGGUGCUGACCAUGUCCACCAUCAUCACGGGUGUGAACGCCUCCAUGCCCCGCGUGUCCUACAUCAAGGCCGUGGACAUCUACCUCUGGGUCAGCUUCGUGUUCGUGUUCCUCUCGGUGCUGGAGUACGCGGCCGUCAACUACCUGACCACCGUGCUGGAGCGGAAGCUGCAGGAGAAGUUCCCAUGCAUGUGUGGAAUACUCCACUCGAGAACCAUGAUGCUGGGUGGAAGCUGCAGUGAGUCUGAGGCCAACAGCCUGGCCGGGUACCCGAGAAGCCAUAUUCUGACAGAAGAAGAAAGGCAAGACAAAAUAGUGGCCCACCUGGCCCUGAGCAGUGAAUCCAACUCCUCCAGGAAGAAGGGGCUUCUGAAGGGCCAGGUGGGUCUUCGCAUCUUCCAGAACACCCACGCCAUCGACAAGUACUCCCGGUUGAUAUUCCCAGCUUCCUACAUAUUUUUCAACUUAAUUUAUUGGUCAGUGUUUGCCUAGGGGCUCUGAGGCUAUGCCUGGGGAAGGGCAUGGACAUCUCUGGUGUCUGGCCGGCCGCCCACACGUGGACCUGCUGAGCGUGUCCCCUCACAGAGCAGCAGCUCUUGGACCACCUCGAGCAGCAUCCUGGCUCCCGGAGGAGCCCAGGAGCCCUCCAGCUGCCCUCCCCCAGGCCUCAUGGGCUUGCUCAUCGUUCAUGCUGUGUUGUGUCCCACUUCUUGCAGCUCUGGGACUGUCUUCUUCUGUUCUUGUGUGUGAACAGGUUCAUGAGAGCCUCCCUCCAAUAAAAAAAAGACUCAAAUGCCUCCCAGAUGAAUGUUCUGAGACCCUUAUGAAGCCUAGGAUUCAGUUGUAAAGGGAAGGGAAAAAUGAAGGGCAAGUUUAGGGGCAUUCUGGAUAGGAGACAGGAAAUUAAGAUUCAAAAUAGGAAUAAAAAAAUCUGUAAACCCUACACUGGAUUAAGUGCCUAUCUAGGAAAGAAAAAAAACUCAGAUCCCGGACAGGAAAUGAUUUGACCUGGGUGAGCCUGGCAACUCGCAUGAUUUUGCAAUAUUAAGGGACAUCAUUCAUUCAUACAUCCAUUCAACCAGUCAUUAAAUAUUGAAUACCUGCCCUAUGCCAGCACUUAUUUUUCUCAGCAAUGUGUGACAACAUGCAUUGAGUAUUGCCAACCAGGGAAACAUCACCCAAACCCAUCAAAGUGUAGAGUUUUUAUUGGGGGCUGGCCAUCUGGAUACAGCUGACUGCCUGUAUGGCUGACCUUAGUCUCCAGUUCCUUCAGAGGCUGAGCUGAUAAAUCUCAGCCUGAGACCCCAUCAUAAAUCACAUUGUUAGCUUAGACCAUCUGGCAUGGCCGUAGGCCCCCAGGUGAACAAAGACCCUCCAAUCAGGCAGGACAGCCCAGGGGUUUAGAAGUUACCUCCCAGGAGCUAGAGGCCAAGGCCCAAACCUUUCUUUUGUCAAGGUUAAUCCUUUACUGCACAGCAAUCAUUGUCAAUUCCUCAUUGUUAAUGUGAAUUACUCUGCUUCUAGUAUAGAUUCAUGCAGCAAACAUUAAAAAAAAUCCCUGCACUAGAUACAGUAGGGUCCACAUUAAGAGUAAGAGAUCGUCUUAUUCUUGUAUAGCUCUCAGAAAAAGGACUGGUCAAGGAUAUGGUAUACGAUUACGUGUAAGUUAAAAAGUAUUAAGCGCAACAAAGAUGGUUCAACGUGUAAUGGGAAUUCUAAGGAAGGAAAGAAUGAUUUCCAGUGGAAGACUGGAUCUCGUGGAGAAAACAGCUUCUGAGCUGCUCCUUGAAGGUUGGGGAUUUGGAGAAGAAAUGUUCAUGCUAGGUGCACAUGUAGAAAGUACAUGCGCGGUCCGAUAUGGUAGCCACUGGCUAUGUAUUUAUUUAAAUUUAAGUUAAUUAAAGUUAAAUAAAAUUAAAAACUCAGUUCUUGCCACGUUGUGCGAGCCACAUUUCAAGUGCUCUACUCAAUAGCCACAUGCGGCCAGCGACUACUGUAUUCGAUAGUGCAGAUCUAGAGAACAUUUCCGCAAUCACAGCAAGUCCUGUUAGACAGUGCUGCUGCAGAUGGAAGGAUCGGCCUGAGCAAAGGCAUGAGAGAGGCGGGAAAGUUUGGGAUUGCAGAGUAUAGUUUGCGGGGCAAGUCAUCUGUUUUGGCUGGAUCCUAGGUUGCAGGAAGAGGUGAGAGACCAGCUUUGUCUGCAACAUUAGGGGUCACAGCAGGUCCCCCGCCCCUCCCAGUGCUGAUGAGGACAGCUUCCCCUCCACGGAGUUGCCUGGCCCAAGACCAGCGGCUCUCCCAGCUUCAAGGACAAAUGAAGAAUGAAGGUACGUAAACAAGGAAAUUGGAUGGUACAGGGCACCUGGACAUGUUUAGAAACUUUUACUCUCUAGAGACUCUCCUAGGCCACAAUGCUGCUCAAAGAAUGAUAAUUAUUGAUACAUUGUCGUUAAAUAUAUCCUAUUGCUUUAGUUGUCUUAUUUAAU